AUGAGUUGUUCAAUGGUAAAAUUUACUAAGGAGCAAGACGAGAUAUUGGUUGAAUCUGUAUCUAAACACCCCACAAUUUAUAAUCCCCAAAGUAAGAAUUAUAAAGAUUUAAACAGCCGGGAUGCAAUUUGGAAAGAUAUAAGUUGCAACGUUGGACGAAGUGAUGAAGACUGCAAGAGACGGUACAAGAAUAUUAAAUAUGCCUAUUUAAAAAAUAAACGGGCAAGAAUAAUGAAUACUGGAGCAAGUGCCUCUUCAAAACCCUCAAAAUGGCAUUUAGCACCAUUUUUAACUUUUUUGGAUACAGUACCACAAGAAAGAAACACUACAUCAAAUAUAUAUGAUACUGAUAAUAAAGAAGAUUCUGGCUCAGACGAAGAGGAAAUAAAUAUCACACAAGAUGAUAUUAUACUCCAGGCAUUACCAGUAACGCAUGGUCCUCAAUCUCCGUCGACUUCAAAAGCACAAAAAUCGACUAAUAAAAGAAAAAAUUUAAAAGUCACUGAAUUAUUGGAAAAAAGAUCUAAAGAAAGAAUAGAGCUGAUGACACAACUGAUUGCUAAAAAAAAUACGAAUGAGUACGAUGAUGUUGAUAAUUUUUUCAAAAGUUUAACUCUAUCUGUCAAAAAGUUGCCACCACACUUAAUUUCACAGGCAAAAUUGAAAAUGUUGACAAUUGUGAUUGACUUGGAACUUCAAGCUGCAAAUAAUCAYAUACAUGUAACGUCCACAUCAUACACCUAG